CUAGCCAAGCAAAUCGGAUGUGGACCAAGAACAACGACACGACAUUUCCACUCGGCAUGAAUACUGAUCCUCAUCUAGAAGACAUGGAAAUUGACAAGAACGACAAAUCGAAACCUAACGGACGUCUGUUAGAUAUUCCCUGCAAAGUGUGCGGUGAUCGAUCCUCGGGAAAGCAUUACGGAAUUUACGCAUGCGACGGAUGCAGUGGAUUUUUCAAGAGAAGCAUUCGAAGGAACCGUUCCUAUACUUGCAGAGCGACAAACGGGAAGGGAAACUGCCCCGUGGACAAAAUCCAUAGAAACCAGUGUCGUUCCUGCCGUUUGAAAAAGUGCUUCGAAGUCACCAUGAACAAAGAUGCUGUCCAGCACGAGCGUGGACCUCGAAGCUCCACCCUCCGGAAGCAAAAGAUGCUAAAAGAGGCCCAGGACAGAAUGGAUGGCGCUACCACUACAGCGCAUGUGCAGCACAAUACAAGCGGCUUCAUCAAUACCCUUCUAGCUGCAGAAACUUGCAUGGAAGGCUGUCAAGUACCGGCCAACGACUUUGAUCUUGGCUUGGAAUUUAAACCAAUCAGAUUUCAGUCGGAUUUUUCGGUGUCUAUGUACUAUUCCAAUCCCGAAGCUGUAUGUGAGGCUGCCGCUAAGCUGCUGUUUAUGUCUGUAAAGUGGGCCAGAAAUAUUCCUUCAUUCAUGAGUUUACCUUUUAGAGAUCAGGUUAUUCUACUUGAGGAGGGUUGGCGCGAAUUGUUUUUGCUUGGUGCAAGUCAGUGGUCCAUGCCUUUGGAAAUUGCGCCAAUUUUGUCUGCGGCAGGAAUGCACGUAGACAACACGCCUCCCGAGACUAUUGUGGAUGUCAUGGCAACCGUACGCCUAAUCCAAGAAACAGUCAACAAAUUCAAGGCUGCAAAUGUUGAUUCUACCGAAUAUGCAUGUCUGAAGGCUAUAGUACUGUUUAAGCCGACUGCAUGCGGGCUCAAGGACCCGGAACAAGUGGAGUCCACUCAAGACCAGGCGCAACUCAUGCUUGGCGAAUAUGUUCGUGCCCAAUGCCCUACUCAACUGGCCCGGUUUGGUCGCCUUCUCCUUCUCCUGCCAACCUUAAGACGAAUCAGUGCAAAAGAAAUCGAGGAGCUAUUCUUUAAAAAGACGAUUGGAACUGUUCCCAUAGAAAGAUUGUUGAGUGAUAUGUUUAAAAAUGAGUAAGGCAUGAUCAAGGUAGUCGGUGAAUUUCAAAUUUUAUAUCGAGUUCAAUUCAAUAUCCUGACAUCCAUGACACAUUAUUAUCUUUUCAUUUUUGGUGCAUAUUCAUGAUAUUAAGGGCUUGUGUUGAGGAGUUCCUCUCAGAGACUAAUGGAAAAGGAAAAUUAAGAGGUUGAAUUUAAUAUAUACAUCUUUGGCACAAGAUUUGUUUGCUGUGAAAAGAUGAAAAGGUUGAUUUUCUGCUGACGAGAGAGAAUCAUUUAAUUUUGUUAGAAACGAAACAGUUGCAGCCAAACAGAGCACUUUUCCACUGAGUGUCGUAAAGCCAGAUUCAAAGUAAUGACAAGAUUCAGUCAGAGCGGGAAAAUAUCGCUAGGAACUGGUGAGAAAUCAAAAUAGAAACCAACGAACUGCCUGUGUCGCCGGGGACGGAAAAUGCGAUUAAGCUCAUCAUGUUUUAUUUCAAU